AUGACCCAGGCUCCUUCUCGCCAUCUAGACCUGCCGCUGCCCACUCCAACCCGUCCAGACCCACCACCUGCCACCAAGUCGAAGCCAAUAUCCUCAUCAGACACAUGCACCACGAAGGUUGCAACAGAAGGUCCAUCAACUACCAGCCGAAAGCAAAAAGCUGUGCCUAUUCCUCGCAGCACUCGUGCCAAGACCAAGCCUAAACCACUGGCAACUGAAGCCUCUGCGGCACAUCUCAAGAUUGACACUGCCAUCAAUGAUGAUGAUGACACUUAUGAGUUUGCUGACCUCCCCUUGGUCUGUCUGAACGAUAACUGCAGGGAUCUUGUGCCGGCAGACCCCAAUAUUGAGCUGGUCAAACAGCUUCGACAGUGGAAUUCUUUCAAGAACACUAACCGCUGUUUGACAUCAGAGGGUCUACGGCUGGAGCUCGAGAUAUGCGCAGCACUUCGACAACUGCGUGAAGAAAAGCUCAAUAUUCAACGCGCCAAAGCACGAGGAUGGCCAACUAUCAUCACCUGGGAGACCGUCUCAGAUCGAGUCCUCCAAAUGGAGGCUGAGUUGAAUCUCAUGAUUCACGAUAAGAACACAAGGCGCUACAGUUUUUUCAACGACAUGUUUCUUGAAGAUCUUUCUUCCACAGGUCUGCAAAGUGACUCCGCCAAACGAGAAUUUUCCAAGCUGGCCAUCACUAGCAGACAGUGCAUACCGGCAAUGGUUACAAAUCACGCUCGUCCUGGAUACUACGGGGAGAAAGGAAAAGCGAUAAUCCAGUCUGCGAUAUUUUCCAUGUUCGACCAUGAACAGAUUUCCAACGAGGCCUUCGCUCCCUUGACUUCAAGUCUAGAAGAGGCAUAUGAAGAGAUGAUUGCUAGCGCUGAUUCAGGUGUUUCUUUGCAUCCAAUGACCGAAGAAGACUCACGCAUUGAAAGAAUUACACGCCAACACUGUGUAAUGGCUGCCGAGAAACGGGUUGAGAAGGUCGAGCGCUUCCACAAGGAGAUGAAUGAUGAAAUCGAGAAGGGAAAGGAGGAACAGAGGAUGCAUGACGAUUUAGCUGCAAAGAUUGCUGCCAAGCAGCGCGCAUGCAAAGUGCCUGUUGCUUCCAAAUCGCAACCAACAGCGGGUCCUUCAAAAUUUCCUGGAUCAUAUGAUGAUGCAGCAUAUGAAGACGACGACGAAUCAGAGCUCUCUGAACUGCCCGAGAGCAUCCAGGUUACCCCGGUACCACGGCCUAAACCUUCACGUGCACGACCAGCAAGGCGAAGGAUGAGCCAUCCGCCCCCACCGGGUCUUCGUCUGCUCUUCGGUCCUUCAUCUUCAGCCCUUCAUCUCUGCUCUUCAUCUCUGUUCUUCAAAGUGGUCUCUGCUCUUGGGUCUUCCAUCUUCAGCUCUUCGUCUUCGGCCCUUUGUCUCUGCUGUUGGGUCCUUCGUCUUCGGCUCUUUGUCUUUGGCUCUUUGUCUUUGGCUCUUCAUCUUCGGCCCUUUGUCUCUGCUCGCCGUUUCGAGCUCACUGAUCAAUUGCAACUGCUGUACUUUGCUUCGUGUCUUUCUGUUUAUGCAUUAGAUGUCUAUUUGUAUUUGCCUGUAACGUAUUAGCAC